CAUGGAAAUUAUUCAGAGGCGCGCCUGUCUGCUGCGGCAAACUUUCCUUAUCUUCCGGUACUUGGACUCCUGUCGCACAAAGUCAACAGUUUGGAGAGACCGGAGGCAAAAAAAGAAGGAAAGGCUGUAUUUAGUCGAGUGCUGCCGAAGAGGGGAGGUGGAUUUCUAAAUGAGACAGCUCUUGAUUUGGGCUAGUUAACCUAUGCAGAGAGCCAGUAAAACAGAAAAGAGCUACAAUGCCCCAGGCCGCUGAAACGAUCAACCUGGUCUUCCUGACUGAUGAUGAGCGGGAGCUGAUUCUGGAGGUGCUGCGGCGGGACGAGGAGCUGAGGCUGGCUGAGGAGCGCCGUGUACGGAAGAUGAAGACAGAGCUACUGGAUAUGAAGAGGAAGGGGGCCAAGCGCGGCAGUGGAAAGUACAGUCCGCGUAGCUGUGGCCGCUGCCUGGAGCCUCUGAGUCGGCUGACUCUCCUGUCCAGUCAGUGCAGGUUAUGUAACCACCAUGUAUGCCGCAACUGCCGAACGGUGCGCCCCGAUGGAUCCUGGCUGUGCAGAGUGUGUGCCAAAGAGACGGAUCUAAAGAAAAGAACAGGUGACUGGUUUUUUGAUCAAAGAGUCAACCGUUUCUCUACCGUGCCUGGACAUGACCUAGUGAGGAGCUCCCUGAAAAAGAGGCCUCCAUUGAAGAAGCAUGAAACAAUGGGAGAGGUGCUGUUGAGAAGCACAGAGGUAAACCCAGACCCAAACACUCCUGUGGCUCGGCCCAGACAGAGAGACCGGACACCCAAAAAGACAGGUCCGCCGAGUGAAACUUCGGAAUCUGUUGGUUCAAGCGUUUUGUGUGAAACGAAGGAGGAUGUCGGGUCAAAGGACCAGCAGCAGCGCAGCGACACAGAAUCUGCAGAAAAAACCAGUCUGUGUAGCAGCAAAACUGAGACGGAGUCUGGCCGUGAGACCCCUGACCCAGUGAGGCUGGGGAAGACCUCAGCAAGGUCAAGUCCAGCAGGAUCCAGUGUUUCCAGUCAGACCAUCCCAGUCAAAGCAGACAGUGUCCGCAGUCACAGCUCUAACUCAGAAGCAAACACUGCCACAGAAGCAAAGUCGGUCAGUCCAAAUUUGGAUUUAAACUCGUUGGAUGUUGAUGGAAUUUUCAAAAAGAGCAUCAGACGUGCUCCAAAGCCUCCAGAGCACACAUCAACACUGGACCUCCGAGAUGGAGGUGUUCCCAAAGAGUCGUCUUUGGGCAACAGGAGCCGUUCUGUACCAGGUCUUGAUGUGCAGGAAGAUGAAGAGGAAGAGGAUAUUGACCAUUUGGUUGACAUCCAUAGAAAGACUGUGGCUUCAAGCACCUCCAGUCUGCACAGCUCAAAGAGUACUUUGGGCAGCCUAAUGAGUAUUUACAGUGAAGCAGGGGACUAUGACAGUGUGGAGGUGAGCGGGGACAUCGUCUUCUCUCUUAGCUAUGAUGAACACACCCAGAGCCUGCAUGUCUUCAUCAAGGAAUGCCAUGGGCUGGCCUAUGGUGAUACUUCACGACAGCGUUGCAACCCUUAUGUCAAAUGUUACCUUCUACCAGACAAAUCUCGCCAGAGCAAAAGGAAGACUAGCACCAAGAGGAAUACAAUCAGCCCUGUCUACCAAGAGAUGCUAAAGUACUCCAUCAGUCGUUCCCAGCUGCUCACCCGGUCCCUGUUGCUGUCAGUCUGGCACCAUGGGCGCAUCAGCCGCAAUGCCUUCCUGGGAGAGGUGGAGAUUUCCCUGGACUGCCGAGACCUGGACUCCCCUCAGGACGAAUGUGUGGCAUUAAUGGGGAAGGCAGCCUCAGCUGUGCAGGCCUCUUGCUUUGCUCAGUACAAAGGGGACUUGGUGGUCUCCUUGAAAUUUAUCACACCUAAAAAGUCAACAGCUGACAAAAUCAAAGGCAAGAAGGCAAAAACUGAGGAAGGGGGAGAAUUACAUGUCCUCAUUAAAGAGGCAAAGAAUUUGAUGGCAAUGAAAGCAGGAGACACAUCAGAUUCCUUUGUAAAAGGGUACCUUUUACCAGCUAAGUCCAAGUCCACAAAGAAGAAAACACCAGUUGUGAAGAAGAAUCUGAACCCUCACUACGAUCAUACAUUUGUGUACAAGGAUGUAAGCCUGGAGCAGCUGAAGGGGAUGUGUCUGGAGCUGACUGUGUGGGACAGAGAGGCCAUGUCCAGCAAUGAAUUCCUGGGAGGGGUACGCCUCAGCUGUGGCACAGGCAUGCUAAAAGUUGGAAAGGAGAACAUGGAAAUGGACUCUGUGGGAGAGGAGGUUAGUCUUUGGGAGAAGAUGAUGCAGUACCCUGAUUCAUGGGCAGAGGGCACUCUGCCACUGCGCACCUCUAUGGGUAAGACCAAGGACAAAUGAGGACACCACUCAGUCUGAAACUUGGAAUCAAAGCCAUGGGUGUUGGAAUGAAGAAGAAGCUGAGAUUGUUGUGGGAUCUAGGACAAAAUAUGGGAUUGUUUUUAUUCCACAAACAUUUCAUCAGACCAGAAGUUCGUUGGCCUGAAGCAACCAGACCCACAGUUGAUUGGCCAUAAAUAGACACACAAUGUAUUGGCCUGCUGAGCAGUAAACAUAUGUGAUACCUGCCUCCCUAUCUGACACAAGUAUUCAUACUCAACAGUCACACGCCUCGCCCUCCUGAGGCUCACUGCACAGCCAAAGUCUCUUUGGUGAGGUUCAUCAUUGUCAUAACCUCCCCUGAACGCAGGCUGGUGUUACUCUUGAAACAGUGCCAAAGUGAGACACUAUGCACUCACACUAUUUUAAGUUCACUGACACACUGCCAUUUUAUGUUUUUAAAAUUCAGUGUGCAUAUAUUUUUGGAAUUCAUAAUUGCACACAGCACUUACAAAAGUAAUGGUGUUAUAUCAGCCUUUUCUCAAUAGUUGUGUAAAGUUUUUACUGUCACAAUCUGCAAACCAUUCAUUAUAAAUUGGCAUUAGAGGAUUUCUGGUGUUGCAUCUAAACUGCUUAUUCGAGUCCAUACCAUUAUGUAAUCCAUCAUAGCUCAUACUGCUAUUUGUCAUAUUUUAUGUAAAAUAAAUAUUUCUAUAAUGGAUACAUAAAAAGCACUAUUUGAAUGUUGUAUAUUUGUAGAUGUAAAGGUAGAUUUUAACUUCUGACAAGAGUGCAAUCACAGCCAUUUUUAACUAAAGGUUUUCUUAAUUAUACUAUUCACCCAAUAAAUAUUAUAUGACUGAAGCCAA